GUCCUCGACACCACUUGAUCGCGGCCCAGUUCAACCACACAAGACUAUUUCACUCAUCGCCGCAUUGCCUACUCCUCCACACGCUGCCCAGAAUGUCCUUCUCCGAGCUCUACCGUCAAAAGGUGCCCGCGCCCCAGGACACUGACCAGUCCACCCUCUCAAACUACAAGGAUAUUCGCACCACCCACACCGACCUUGAGUGGGAGAUCGACUGGGACCGCAAGGUCUUUGGCGGAAAUGCUGUUGUCAGCCUCGAGGCGACCGCUGACAAGGUCGAUGAGGUCAUCCUCGACACCAGCUUCCUCGACGUCAAGGGCGUCGAGAUUGCCGGCAAGGCUGCUGAGUGGAGCCUGGACAACCAUAUCGAGGUCAUGGGCCAGGCGCUCCAUGUCAAGCUGCCCAAGGCGCUGACCAAGGGCGAGACUGUCGAUAUCACCGUCGUCUACUCUACCACCCCUCAAUGCACUGCUGUCGGAUGGCUGAACCCAAACCAGACCAAGAGCGGCAAGUACCCCUACCUCUACUCGCAGAGCCAGGCGAUUCACGGCCGCUCGAUGAUUCCGUGCCAGGACACUCCGGCUAUCAAGGCAACCUACGCGUCGCGUGUGACGUCAACCCUCCCGGUCCUCAUGUCGGGUCUCCGUCAGAGCCCCCCUCCUGAGGCGCCUCUCGAGCUUGGCAAGAAGAUUGAGUAUGUCUACGACCAGCCCGUUGCGAUCCCCUCGUACCUCAUCGCCAUUGCCUCUGGCGAGGUCCUCUACAAGGCCUUUGCGGAUAUCAAGGGCCGUAACUGGCGCACUGGUGUCUGGACCGAGCCUGAGACCAUGAAGGCCGCUUACUGGGAGUUUGAGGAGGACACGGCCAAGCAGGUUGCUACUGCCGAGGACCUCACCUCGGCCUACCGUUUCGGCGUCUAUGACUUCCUCAUUCUUCCCGACUCGUUCCCCUAUGGCGGCAUGGAGAACUGCUGCUUGACCUUUGCUACCCCGACCCUCAUCGCUGGUGACCGCUCGCUCGUUGAUGUUAUUGCCCACGAGAUCAGCCACUCCUGGUUUGGCAACUCGAUUGGCUGCGCUUCGUGGGGCCACUUUUGGCUCAAUGAGGGCUGGACCACCUACCUCGAGCGUCUCAUCAUUGGCAAGCUCCAGGGCGAGGAGUCUCGUCAGCUGUCUUUCAUUAUUGGCCGUGUCGGUCUCAAGGAGUCACUCAAGGGCUAUGAGAAUGAGCCUCGCUUCCAGCGCCUUCUUCCUGACCUGAAGAAGCAUGAGGACCCCGACGAUGCCUUUAGCCAGGUUCCAUACGAGAAGGGCUCCAACUUCCUUCUGUAUCUCGAGCGCACUGUCGGUGGUCUGGAGCACUUCCUUCCCUACAUGAAGGACUAUGUCAAGACAUUCACCAACACUUCGAUCACAACUGGCCAGUGGCGUGACCAUCUGUUCGACUUUUUCGGGCGCCAGCCGGCCGGCGAGGAGUACCUCCGAAAGCUUGGUCAGGUUGACUUUGAUGAGUGGCUGCACGGAGACGGCCUCGACCUCUGCGUCGAUGUUCAGUACGACGAGUCUCUGGCCAAGCCGUGCAACGAGCUCGCAGGUCGUUGGGAAAAGGCACUCAAGGGGACCGACUUCUCCCAGUUCACGGCCAAGGAUGUGGCCCACUUUUCAUCCACCCAGAAGACUGUCUUCCUCGACAAGCUCGGUGAGGCCGCCGGAGCGUUCACGCCGGCGGCCGCAAAGGCUUUGGACCAGGCCUACACCUUGAAUAACCAAGACAAUGCGGAGAUCAAGCUCCGCUUCUACAAGAUCGUCCUCAAGAGUGGCCCGGAGUAUGCCGAGAGUGCCGCCGAAUGGGUCGUUACCAAGGGUCGCAUGAAGUUCUGUCGCCCAAUCUUCCGUCUGUUGAACGAGCAAGCGCCUGAACUCGCCCGCAACACCUUUACGGAACAUGCGGCCUUCUACCACCCUAUCGCGCGCAAGAUGAUUGCGAAGGAUCUCGGCAUCGAGCUCUAGACGGGUGUCGUAAUCGUCGGUUGAAGCGCUGCCGUCGCGUGGGGGGUGCAAAUAACAAGGUUUGACCACAAACGCCGCCGCGUGCUGGGCGCUGGGCGUAUGUAGACCAUGCCGGGGAUCCCGAUGCUUGGUUGGUAUCAUUCCAGGGCUGUUCCUGGCCUGGGUUCCGGUUGAUAAAAACGACCUUAGUCAAGGCGCCCCCCUGCCAAGUUUGGUGGCGGGGGCGGUGAAAGAAACUGGGUUUGGUAGCGAAAGGCAUGAAAGAACUGGGUUCGCUAGCGAGAGGCGUGAUGCAUUGAGGCAAGUGAACUGUAAA